AUGAAUCUUAACAAGGUCAAUAGUAUCCUUGAGAAGAAGCUUAGAAGUUUCCUUGCUGGUCCAAGAAAGGGUGAAACUUUUGAAUUGAGAAAUGGAUUAGUAUCACAAUAUAAACAUGAACGUAAAGAUGCUAUUCAACGAGUAAUUCAAGCAAUGACAAUUGGUAAAGAUGUUAGUUCAUUAUUUCCAGAUGUUUUAAAGAAUAUUGCUACUUAUGAUUUAGAACAGAAGAAAUUGGUUUAUUUAUAUUUGAUGAAUUAUGCAAAAACUCAUCCUGAACUUUGUAUAUUAGCGGUAAAUACUUUUGUUCAAGAUACUGAAGAUCCAAAUCCUUUAAUUAGAGCUUUAGCAAUUAGAACAAUGGGGUGUAUAAGAGUAUCCAAGAUGGUUGAUUAUAUGGAAAUUCCUUUACAAAGAACAUUGAAGGAUGAAAAUCCAUAUGUUAGAAAAACGGCUGCUAUUUGUGUUGCUAAAUUAUUUGAUUUAAAUCCAGAAAUGUGUAUAGAAUUUGGAUUUUUAGAUCAAUUAAAGAAUUUAAUUAAAGAUUCAAAUCCAAUGGUUGUAGCUAAUUCACUUAAUGCUUUAUUUGAAAUUAGAGAUAUGAAUACUGAUUCUAAUUUGCAUAUAAUUGAUAUUGAUCGUGAAAUUAUUAAAAAUUUAUUAUUAUGUCUUAAUGAAUGUACAGAAUGGGGGAGAAUUACCAUUUUAACCACCUUAAGUGAAUAUCAUACUACUAAUGUAGAAGAAGUCAAUCAUAUAAUCGAAAGAGUAACUCCACAAUUACAACAUGUUAACCCAUCAGUUGUAUUGAGUUCAAUUAAAGCCAUUAUUCAUCAUAUUGGCGUUAUUCCAGUUACUUCACAAAGAAAUCAAGUUCUUAAGAAAUUGUCUGCACCUUUGGUUUCAUUAGUUAGUUCCUCAAUUCCAGAAGCUCAAUAUGUUGGAUUGAAAAAUAUUAGAAUUAUAUUGGAAAAAUAUCCUCAAGUAUUAUCAAAAGAAUUAAGAGUAUUUUUUAUCAAAUAUUCUGAUCCAUUAUAUCUUAAAUUGGAAAAACUUGAAAUCAUGAUUAGAUUAGCGAAUGAUGCCAAUAGUAGUCUAUUGUUGGGAGAAUUAAAAGAAUAUGCUAUGGAAUUUGAACCAGCUUUAGUUACUAAAGCCAUUAAAUCAAUUGGGUCAGUUGCAAUUAAGUUAUCUGCUUGUGUAGUCAAAUCAGUCAAUUUAUUAAAUGAAAUUAUCGAUCAAAGAGGUGGAGAUUUAAUUAUUAAUGAAUCGGUGGUUGUUUUGUCAAAUAUUUUGAGACGUUAUCCUGGUAAGAAUGAUAUUACCACUUUGAUUAUUCCAGUAAUUUCUAAUCAUAUUGAAGAAUUAAAUGGUCCUGAAUCAUUGUCGGGGUAUAUUUGGCUUUUAGGAGAAUAUCCUAAAUAUUUCAGUGGAUUAUAUGAUAAAUUGUCGACAUUGAUUGAAGGAUUUUUGGAUUAUGAUACCACUAUUCAAUUAAAUAUAUUGACCGCAAUUGUCAAGGUUAACCUUGAACUUCAAAAGAAUAACCAGCAACAACAAUAUUCAACAUUAUUACAAAAGGUUUUAGAAUUAGCUACUAAAGAAUGUGAAAAUGCUGAUAUUAGAGAUAAAGCAUAUAUUUAUUGGAGAUUAUUAUCUACAUCUUCAGUUGAAUCACAAUCGAAAAUUAUUUUGGCAAAAUUGCCACCCAUUAAAACAACCAUUUCAUCUUUUAAUCCGGUUGUUUUAGAAACAUUAAUAGAUGAAUUAUCUACAUUGUCAUCGGUAUAUCAUAAACCUGCAAAAACGUUUAUAGAUCCGGAUGCAUAUAAUAAAGUUUCAAUGCGGAAGAAUGGUACAGACAGUGGGAUUGAAGAUUUAACUACAAUGGCGAAACAAGAGAUUAUUAGUAAUGCUAAGAAUGAAAACUUGCUUGACUUUGAUGACGACGAAGAUAGUAUGGAUAAUGAUGACAAGAAUGGGGUUGGAAGUUUGUUGGAUGAGUUAAACGACUUGUUUACUACACCUGCACUGGCACCUCGUCAGCAAGGUCAACCAUGGCAAGAGCAACAACAAGCAAUCGGUGCUUCUGCUCAACAAUCGGAUGAUAUUUUUAGCAUGUUCAAUCAAAGUUCUCAAGUUCAAUCUCAACAUUCUAAUAUCAAUGCGAAAUCUAGUUCAAAAAUAACAGAAGAUCUCUUGGAUUUGUUUUAG